UGUUCACAACUCACACUCUUCUCUCUCUCUUUCUCUCUCUUUCUCUCUCUACAUUACUUCUUAAUCUCUCUCUCUAGAUUCAUUCAUCAAUGGAGAAUUAUUCACCUAGACCUCUAGAUACCAAAAACCCAUCUCAAAAUAGCCGUAGUAGCAACAAUAAUAGCACCAAUUCAACCACCAGUACCACCACAAACCAUCACCAUCACCAACACCACCACCACCCAUCGCCUCCCGCUACACCCAUCGCGAGAUCCGACCCUAACAACCCAUAUCCAACAACUUUCGUUCAAGCUGACACCACUUCCUUUAAGAAAGUAGUCCAAAUGCUCACCGGAUCCUCCGAAACAGCCAAGCAAGCGGCCGCUGCCCGAUCUGAUGCGCACGUCAGAAACCCGAUCCCGCCCAUGAAAACGGCUCCAAACAAGAAACCAUCGAAGCUAUAUGAGCGGAGGAACAGUAUGAAAAACUUUAAGAUCAGCCCGUUAGUACCCGGGUUUGUAAACGGGUCUGGGUUCGCUGGGUCUCCCAGGAGGCCAGGCACGCCGGAGAUUCUCUCACCGGGAAUUCUUAAUUUCCCAUCUCUGGUGCUUAGCCCGGUUACACCUCUUAUACCUGACCUGUUCAAUAGGUCUCCGAUAACCGGCGAUAGUCCAAAUUUAGACGUUGAAGCUGAAGAUAAGGCGAUUGCGAAGAAAGGGUUUUAUUUGCAUCCAUCGCCGGCGAGUACUCCGAGAAGGGAAUCGGAACCCAGACUUUUGCCUUUGUUUCCGGUGACCUCACCAAGGGUUUCAGGUUCUUCUUGAAUAAUGAGUUUUUUUUUUUUUUUUAAUUUAAUUUCCAAUGUAAUGAUUCCAUAAUAGCUGAAUUUUGCAUAAAAAAUUGGUCAAGAUUUGGGGGAAAAAAAUUUAAAAGAAAGAGAGACCAAAGCUAGAAAAUUGACAAACCCAGAAAAAAGUACCACCACCCUAUUGCACAAUGUACAAGUCAGUAUUGCAGUAUUGUGCUGAAAAACCCAGAAAAGAUUUUUUGCUCUCUUCAUUGUACAAGUUCCUAUCAUGCUCUCAAUUUCAUGCCCUGCUUCAGAAAUGUGUUCAAUUUCAGUCUAA